AUGGAUGCGACCGCGGGUCGCGUCGUAUGGGUCGCAGGUCACGUCGCGGUGCGCAACGGCCGCCGCGAUCCAAAUUGGCGGAACAAUGUGGGUCUGUUGAUUCGUUGGCUCCAUCCUGAUGGUACGUGGCGACACGUGCAGAUCGACUGCGGCAAGACCUUCCGGGAAUCCAAAAAGUAUGGCAAGUUUCCGCGCAAGUUUCCACACGAGAAAAGUGACAAGACUGGGGCAGUUUUGGUGCCAACGACUCCAGUUGAUUUUUUGGAUGCUCUUCUGUUGACUCACGACCAUGCAGAUGCCAUUUUGGGCCUGGACGAGUUGCGCCAGUUGCAGCGCUUUGACAAUGCCACCAGACAAGUGUGUGGCCCUCCCAUCCAAUGUUUCUGUGAUGCCCGGACCAUGCGGCACUGUUUGGCCCGCGAUGUCUUUCAAUUGGGCCUGAAAACACAGUUGAGUCUGCAGCUCCUAGGGGCAUUUGCUAGGUUGCCACAGGCCGUGCUUUUCCUUACUUGUUCCCUGGCAGCAAGAGCUCCAAAGAAGGGCUUAUUGCACUGUCACGUGCUUGGUGAGGUGCCUGAAGAUACUUCACCCUUCGAAGUACAGGGACUCAUGAUCCAUGCCCUGCCCGUUUUGCAUGGUGCGGACUAUGUGAGUUUUGGCUACGGUUUUGGGCCAAAGGGCUCUAAAGUCGUCUACAUCUCCGACUACACGGAACUGCUGCCGAGAACGGAGACUCUACUGGAGCAUUGGAGCCAGGAUGGCAUUGCAGUGAUGAUUUUGGACAUGCUCUUUCCGAGCUCGCAGAAGGCUCUUGUGCACGCCAACCUGGACGAUUCUAUCGCACUCGUGCGACGCUACCGACCGCGCAAGGCCUUCUUCGUCGGCAUGUGCCAUUUCCGCUGCUUGGAGCGACGACUUUGGGUAAUGAUAGGGUUAU